AUGUUCUCAAGAAGCAUAUUACUGCAGGCCUCGGCCAUGCUGUCCAUCCUCUACACAUCGGCCUCUGCCCAGAACGCCUGCAACAACUCGCCCGACCUAUGCAGUCGGCCAUAUAACAAUAUCACCUUCCUCGGCGCACACGACUCACCUUUCCUCCGAAACGAGGAGACAUCCUUUUCCACGUCAGGAAAUCAAUACUACAACACGACUGUUCAGCUUGACGCUGGCGUACGGUUACUUAGCGCCCAACUUCACAAGUCCAACGACACUGGCUUGGCACAAUGGCAUCUCUGCCACAGCAGCUGCAACCUGCUCGACGCUGGCACUCUUGAAGAUUGGCUCGGCGAGAUCAAAACUUGGAUGGACGCCAACCCAAACGACGUUGUAACCGUCCUCCUCGUAAACUCCGACGGCGCCUCCACCUCUGACCUAGGCACAAUAUUCAGCUCCUCGGGCAUCGACAAGCUGGCCUACACCCCACCCUCUACCUCCGUUCUCCCCCAGACCUGGCCCACCCUCGACGCCCUCAUCGGCAACAACACGCGCCUUAUGACCUUCGUCGCCUCGCUCUCCGAAGGCGCCUCAACACAAUACCCCUACCUCAUGGACGAAUUCACCUUCAUCUUCGAAAACGACUUUGAAAACGUCGACCCCUCCAACUACUCCUGCACCCCCAAUCGCCCCACGGGUCUCGGGUCCCCCGAUGCAGCAGCCCAGUCCGGUCGCAUGUUCCUCCAAAACCACUUUUUGUACCAGAACCAAAUCUUCGGAAUCCAGUCGCCUAACGAGACGUAUGCGAAUGUUACGAAUGGGGCGACGGGCUUUGGGGCUUUGGGCGUGGCGCUGGAUGAGUGCACCGGUGUGUAUGGGAAGCCUGCGAAUUUCGUCCUUGUUGACUUUUUCAACAUGGGCCCUGCGAUUGAUAAUGUUGAUCGUGCGAACGGGGUUGUGGGUUCGAUUGUUGGCAGGAAGAGUGUGAGUGAUGAGGCGUUGGUGCAGAGUACGGGAUCUGGGGUUAUGGAGAGGGGGAAUUUGUUGGCAGUUGUGUUGGCGGUCGCUGUUGCUGUUGCGUUUGCGGGAUGA